UUUUUGGUAGGGACAAAUGUCUUCAUAAUUAUAGGAAUAUCUGACACAUCUGGUUUGAUCUUGUGGGAACAUUUGGCUAGUCUGCAUGAGAAACUGCUUUUAUACACAUGUAAAAACUGCAGCUUUUAUUUCCAAAACUAAAACAGCCAUAAUGGUUCUUUUUGGUUACUAAAGUUAAGGUUAGAUUUAGGUGUCAGUGGAAGGUUCUCACAAGGGUAGUAAAGUGUGUGUGUGCGCGUGUGUGCGCGCACAGACCUCUACAUACCACAGGAAAUUUCACGAUAAUUAUACGCAGGGAGUAAUUACCUUUCCAAAGAGAUAACGAUGGCCAAUUAAACCUUCAAACAGGAUGGGUUUAUGUGGAUCAUAUCCACUCAAUUACUAAAACCGUUUCAAAGGAGCUCCACACUACAGAACAUAAAGAACCUUUUGUUUUUGAUGUGUGUAUAAGCCCUUGGCGUGUGUGUCAGUGUGUUUGUAUUGGACUGUGUAUAGGUUCGGUGGUUGGAUGGAGCGGAUGGGGUUAGGGAGGGGUGACGCUUCAUGCUGCACGCACACUGCACACUGCAGCUGUGUCUGGGGUUAUGUACAAAUAUUUAAACCCUCUCACAUCCUUUCCCUCCAAACGGUCUCUUCAGCACCCAUAGCAGCUCCUGUCGCACUUCUUCACCUCGCUCACGUCUUCAGACUCUCUACAGAAGUCCGUUCCUGUGGUGUACCAUACCCCACAGCAGGGAAUGCACUGCUGCAUGUGAUGGACAGUGUUGAAGAAAGUGAGGGGUUUUACUGUGACUUUAAACUUCAGUUUUAUUUCUGUUUCAAAAUAAGAAAAGAACAAUGCAGCAUGUGAUAAAUCAAACGUAUUCAUACACUCUAAAAACAGGUUCCAUUUGGCACCCCUUAAGGGUUCCUUAACUUUAUUUAUCUAUUUAUUUAUUUGCUUGCUUGCUUCCUUAACAGGGACAAUACACAUGACACAGUGGCACAGCAGGUAGUGUUGCAGCCUCCCAGCUCCAGGUUUCGGUCCUGAGCUUGGGUUACCGUCUGUGGAGUUUUAUUGCAUGUUCUCCCCACGUACGCGUGGGCUUCUUUUGGGUUCGGGUUCAUUUCCCAAAAACAUGCCGGUGGGUGGACUGUCAAAAACAAAUUGUCCCUAGGUGUGAAUGAGUGUGCGAUUGUUUGUGGGCAUUGUACCCUGCAAUGGGCUCCAGGGGGUAUUCCUGCUUCACGCCCAGUAGUACCAGGAUAGGCUCCAGAUCCCCCAUCCCCCUGACCAGGAUAAAGGGACUACUGAAUGUGACUGAGUGAAUACACAUUAAUCUACAUCAGUAUUCAUGAUGUAAAUGUGUCCGAUUUAGCCAACUGGCUAAUUUUCAUCUACUGUCCCUGUGCAGCUUGAUGUUAUUAAAAAAUUAAUUGGACAAAAAGAACAGGUAAGAAAGGAAGAAACAAUAAAACGACAAAAGAACAUGGUUACACCUAAAGCACCUCAUACACUAAAUACACAACACAGCCCAUGAUAUGAGCGUGACACUACAAUAUGUGAGCACUGUUAACAUGCUCGAUCGAUCGAUAGAUAUAUAGAGAUGGAUAUACAUAUAUAGAUUAUUAUAUAUGUAUAUAUAUUAUAUAUUAUAUAUAAAUUUAAUAAGCCACUGGUUCUCAAGUCUCUUCAAUCAGCUGGAAGGGGCAACAAAUGACUGGAAAAGUAAGUGUUACUAAAAACAAACAGCUGGAGGAACAUUUUGAAAGUAACUAGGUUAAUUGGCAACAGGUCAGUAACAUGAUUGGAUAUAAAAAAAAAACAGUAUCUAAUAGAGGCAGAGUCUCUCGGAAGUAAAGAUGGGAUGGAUUCCGGAUGGAAGUAUAUAUUGCUCUAAAACCUGUAUGUACCUUUCAGCACUGAUUGUGCCUUUCCUGAGGUUAAACAUUUGAUGUUUUCUAUGUUCUAUUAUGAAUAACAUUGUCUUAUGAGAUUUGCAAAUCAUUGCGUUCUGUUUUUAUUUACAUUUUGCACAGCGUCCCAACUUUUUUGGAAUUGGGGUUGUAUAUCCUCGCGUGACUGGACAAAUUGGGUGUGUGAAAGAUGAAAUAGAUGAUAUAGUCAAUGGAGGAAGCGCUGUAGUGGCAGGGAGAGGGAGGAGGAUUCAGCCAUUUGGGACACUCCCUCACUACAUCUUAUGAAGAGAAGGAAGUCUCAUAUUCAGAUUACAGUCAGUGCAAAAGGCCAGAGGCUGUCAUUGCUGUACUUCUGUUUUAAGACUCAAUGCCUGCAGGUGUGGCUCGUGUGUGGUUUUGGUCAAAGGGAAUUGGUCUAAAAAAAAAUCCAUAGGUGAAUUCAUUUUCCUCAGAAGGACACUUCAGGAAGCAUGAACAGUUUACACUGUGGAUUACAACCCAAAGGCAAAGGAAAGCUGGUGAGAACUUGUCCAUCUACAAAAUAUCUCUGAUUUCUUUGGAUGUGAUUUCUUACUUUGGAGUUCAUUGGAUCUUAUUGGAUUAAGCUGUAACUCGUCUGGAGAAAGGGCAGGUGUUGCGUUUCACUGUGGACUCUUUGAAGACUUUCUGGUGCGUCAUUAGAGCUGCUUUAUUUAUUUACUGUACCCUUAGACAUUAACUUCCCAUUUUGCCUUAGUCUUUACUCAGCACCUGCUCUUUACUUAGCUUUAUUCUGGCUCUUCUAAAGUCGCACUUCAAAGGAGUGGAAAGUCUUAAGAAACUGUUUGGUUUCCUAUAAGUUGCUUCUGCGCUGCCAGAACUUAUUGCUCCUGCUGUGGUGUGUUUUCACCGUCACGCUCCAUAAGUAAACAGAAGAUAUUGCAUGAGACAGAGAGGAACUCAGGUUUGUUUUGGAGAUAACAGUCAAGAGAAAGGACACACACACACAAGAGGGUAGAAAAGAUUGGAAGUUGAUGGGGGGGAAGUAACUUUGAUCACUCUUGAAGAACUUACAGGAGGACUGUUACACUUGAACACAGGUGAAUGAAAUCAAGGACAGCUUGUCUUGCUGAGACAUUUCAACAGCCUUGUGGGCUGAAGCUGGCCAGAGCAAAGUAAGUUUGAGUAUUUUCAAGAGUCUAAACGUUAGCAGGAGGUUAACUUAAACACGGAUGGAUAACCAGGCCAUUAUCCAGGACAGUAUAGUUGCAGGAAGAUGGGAGCCCCUGGUCCACUAUAUGUCCCCACAGCAUGGCAGAAGGAGGACAGCUAGCUGUGGGAACAGAAUCGCAGGUGGACGGUGGCUCUCGAUAUUGACCGUCAUUCUCCCUCUAUGCAUGUUUGUGUGUGUCUGUGGGCAAAUGGAGGGGAUGGUGCACUCAAGCUUCCGCAGACUAAGUGGCCGUGAGAAGAAGGAGAUGCAAAAGGAGAUUUUGUCCAUCCUGGGACUCCCGGGACGGCCUCGUCCACACCCGCCUCUGCGUCCUCCCUCAUCUGCUCCACUCUUCAUGCUGGACCUGUACCAUGCUGUGUCAGCCGAGGGGGACGAGGGCCUAGGUGUGGGCUUCAUCCCUGAAAGUGUCAGUCAUGCUGCGUUACCUACCCUAAGCACACACACACCACCACUUGGCACCGUGGUCAGUGAGGCAGACACCGUCAUGAGCUUCGUUAACUUGGUGGAGCAUGAAAGGGAUCUACUCCAGCCGCGGCCCUACUGGAAGGAGUUUCGUUUUGAUCUGACGCCACUUCCUCAAGGAGAGACAGUCACUGCUGCAGAGUUCCGCAUCUAUAAAAGCCUGACCGUGGGUCAGAAAGCUAACCGUACCCUCCACAUCUCUGUUUAUGAGAUCCAGAGGGAAAAAAGACACAGGGAGCCUGAGCUAGUCUUACUGGACAUGCAGUCAGUUCCAGCAGGGCAGGAGGGCUGGCUGGCCUUCGAUGUAACAUCUGCCAGCAACCACUGGCUCCUGCAACCACGAAGCAACCUCGGCAUCCGGCUGUACGUGGAAAUGGAAGAUGACCGCUCAUUAUCUGCCGGCUGGGUGGGUCUGGUGGGCCGCAGAGGGCCACGUUCCAAACAGCCUUUCAUGGUGACAUUCUUCAGAGCCAGCCAGGCCCCCUGCCGCCCACCUCGUGCUCUCAGACACAACACCCAGCGCAGGAAAAAACACAAAAACGAUCUGCCUCACCCAAACAGACCGGGUUUAUUUGACCAAACUCCUGUGAGUAAUGGGCGACAGGCCUGUAAAAAGCACGAGUUAUAUGUCAGCUUCAGUGACCUGGGUUGGAAGGAUUGGGUUUUGGCUCCUCCAGGUUACUCAGCAUAUUAUUGCGAUGGGGAAUGUGACUAUCCUCUUGGUUCCUGUAUGAACGCUACUAAUCAUGCCUUGAUCCAGCUUGUGGUUCACCUUAUAAAACCUGACGAGGUCCCGAAGGCCUGCUGUGCACCAACCAAACUCAGCCCCAUCUCUGUGCUCUUCUACGAUGACAACAACAAUGUAAUACUCAAGAAACAUCGAAACAUGGUGGUUAAGACUUGUGGCUGCCUAUAAACAUGUGCCUCUGUCUUAUUUAGUGGUGCCAGUCUGCCACUGUCCCCUACUGCACUAUUUCUAACAAACG